CGUCACGUAGUCCGUGGUAACGACGCUCAGCCCAAAGAUGGCGCCCGAAUGGGUUAGAGGAGCGGGUUUCUCGGGUUCAGGCCCGGGCCCAAGCCCAAGCCCAAGCCACUGGUUCUGGAGCGGUACUUUAUGGGGCCGAGGCGUUUUACUGCUGUUUGGCACGUUAUGGGCAAGCGCUACAUCUGUUACUGUCUCCUUGGACAGUUCACUUCCCUGCCGGCACCACGUCCCCUCUGACACUGAGGUUAUAAAUAAGGUCCAUCUUAAGGCAAAUCAUGUUUUAAAGAGAGAUGUUAAUGAACAUUUAAGAAUCAAGACUGUUUAUGAUAAAAGUAUUGAAGAGUUGCUCCCUGAGAAAAGAUACCUUGUUAAGAACAAACUUUUCCCACAAGCUAUUUCUUAUUUAGAGAAGACUUUUCAGGUUCGUAGACCUGCAGGCACUAUCUUACUUAGCAGACAAUGUGCAACAAACCAAUACCUACGGAAGGAAAAUGAUCCCCAUAGAUACUGUACUGGAGAAUGUGCAGAGCAUACAAAAUGUGGUCCAGUUAUAGUGCCUGAAGAGCACCUCCAGCAAUGCAGGGUCUGCCGUGGGGGUAAGUGGCCCUGUGGAGCGGUGGGUGUGCCUGACCAAGAGGGCGUCCAGGAUGCUGACUUUGUUCUUUAUGUUGGUGCUCUGGCCACUGAGAGGUGCAGCCAUGAAAACAUCAUCUCUUAUGCAGCCUAUUGUCAGCAGGAAGCAAAAAUGGACAGGCCAAUAGCAGGAUAUGCUAACCUGUGUCCAAAUAUGAUCUCUACCCAGCCUCAGGAGUUUAUUGGGAUGCUAUCCACAGUGAAACAUGAGAUUAUUCAUGCCCUGGGUUUCUCUGCUGGGCUUUUUGCAUUCUACCAUGAUAAAGAUGGAAAUCCUCUAACUUCAAGAUUAGCAGAUGGUCUCCCACAUUUUAAUUACAGCCUUGGAUUAUAUCAAUGGAGUGAUAAAGUAGUUCAAAAAGUGCAGAGAUUAUGGGAUGUUCGAGAUAACAAGACAGUUACUCACACUGUGUAUCUCCUAGUAACGCCUCGUGUUGUUGAUGAAGCACGAAAACAUUUUAACUGUCCAAUUCUGGAGGGAAUGGAACUUGAAAAUCAAGGUGGUAUGGGCACUGAGCUCAACCAUUGGGAAAAGCGUUUAUUAGAGAAUGAAGCAAUGACUGGUUCUCACACCCAGAACCGAGUCCUCUCUCGAAUCACUCUGGCAUUAAUGGAGGAUACUGGUUGGUAUAAAGCUAAUUAUAGCAUGGCUGAGAAGCUAGACUGGGGCCGAGGAAUGGGCUGUGACUUUGUCAGGAAGAGCUGUAAAUUCUGGAUUGAUCAGCAGAGAAAAGAGAGGCAGAUGCUGAGCCCUUACUGUGACACCCUCAGAAGUAAUCCAUUGCAGUUAACUUGUAGACAGGACCAGAGAGCAGUUGCAGUAUGUAAUUUGCAGAAGUUUCCAAAACCUUUGCCUCAAGAGUACCAGUACUUUGAUGAGCUCAAUGGAAUACCUGCAGAAGAUUUGCCUUAUUAUGGUGGUUCAGUAGAAAUUGCCGACUACUGCCCUUUCAGUCAGGAAUUCAGUUGGCAUUUAAGUGGUGAAUAUCAGCGCAGCUCAGAUUGUAGAAUAUUGGAAAAUCAACCAGACCUUUUUAAAAACUAUGGUGCUGAAAAGUAUGGACCUCAUUCAGUUUGUCUAAUUCAGAAAUCAGCCUUUGUCAUGGAAAAGUGUGAAAGGAAGCUGAGUUACCCAGACUGGGGGAGUGGAUGUUAUCAGGUCUCUUGCUCUCCGCAAGGCCUGAAGGUUUGGGUCCAGAAUACUUCAUAUUUGUGUAGUCGGGCUGGGCAGGUCCUCUUUGUUAGUAUUCAGAUGAACGGCUGGAUUCACGAUGGAAACCUGCUCUGCCCAUCAUGUUGGGACUUCUGUGAACUCUGUCCUCCAGAAACAGAUCCUCCAGCUACUAACUUGACCCGAGCUCUACCCCUGGAUCUCUGUUCCCGUUCCUCUAGCCUGGUGGUCACCUUCUGGCUUCUCCUAGGCAAUCUGUUUCCUCUGCUGGCUGGAUUUCUUCUGUGUGUAUGGCACUAGGAAUGGAAAAGAGAAUUCUCAAAGCAUUCCUUUGUGUCAUGUGCCUCUGAACAAAGCACAAAAUCUGGGCGAGUACCAGCCUAUGCAGAUGGCAGAGGUGGCAUUCCUGACUUUGGCUUGAAAGUGUUGACCACAAUCAGGCCUUGAAGCAGAGCU